AUGGUCGGCGACAAACUACCCCGCGAGCUUCGCGACAUGAUAUACCAAUACAUCAUCGGGGAGUCAAUCGUGAGGAUUGAUAAGGAGGUGCUGGCAAGUUUCCUCUUUUGUUCCGAAAUCGGUGUCAAGCCCAUGCUCCCCGCAGGGUUCACGAAUCGCACCACCAUUGCCUGCGAGCACCUCUGGGAUCCCUUCUACUCCGAGCUUAUCGAGGCUUGGUACCGCAAUACAACGUUCUCCUUCGUCGAAUGUCGUCUCGUCCCUGACUUUCUCAACGAUCCGCGGUUCGGCUACGGCGUACCACCGCGAGAGUGGGUGCGCAAGAUCAGGAUCAUCAGGAUUACGACUACGGAGAGCGUCCUCUCUAUAUACAGGGGAGAAGCAAAAGCAUAUAACAUCAAGACCGGCGAUCUCGAUAACCUCAAAGAUCUGCCCAAGCUAACGCGUGUCGUAUUCGACUUUGAUGCAGCUUUUUCGUCACUUCCCACGUAUCACGACAAUUACAGGCGAUUUGUAUUAACGGAUCUGAAGGAGAUGUAUCCAAAGAUGCAAGAUCUACUGGAUAGGGAGUGUAGGGUAUCGGUAAUGUUCUCCAGUAUGGGGCCGCUCGAAAUGCGAAGGGAUGAGCUUACUUCUCAAAUAUGGGAGGAUCAGCUGGAGGCUAUUAGGCCUGAUUAG